CACAGUACAAACAACUCUUGCGCAUAUAGUGAAACAGUGCAGUGACAGUGAUGCACGUCUGUGUUUAGUUGUGACAAUAACUGAGGACUUUUUUAUAAUGUGUGUGGCACGGCUAUGGAUGGCCGCAGUUGCUCUGCAGACCUUGCUCCUGGCAGUCAGUGGAGGGCACCAUCGGAGAUCUAUGGCUACUCAGGCGGCUAUGUCAAAAAGUGGAUGGAGGCCUGUAGUUGGCUCCAGCGGCCUACUCUACUCAUUCGGAGGUGCUCCGGCUUACAAAAUCCCCGUCCCUGUCCUAGAUGCUUAUCAGUCUUCUGCACGACCCAUAGCUACUCGAGAUGCCACUAAAUUGACCUCCAUAGCCCAAUCUUACCGUCCCACCACACUCCGGACGGUACCAUCAGCUCCGCCUGCUAACCAACCCAUAAAUUCUUACCACAACCCAUUUGCCUACAACAAUCAUCAGCUAUCUUAUAAGUACGUGCAGAAUAUACCUUUGGAUAGCUCUCUGAUAAGGAACCCUCACAAUCCAUUCGCUGCUCGUCCAGCUUACUCCAAAUAUCCUAAUAAGUUUAAACAGCAAGCCCAAAAUAAUGUUUUGCAGCAGUUGACUAGCAUACAACCCAUACAUUUUGGACAAUACCAAACUACCAAGCCUCUGGAUAUAUUUGGGAAGCCAAUAGAAACUUACGUUAGGCCGAAUGAAGUGAGGAAGCCUGUUCAUCAGCCCACAAUGGAGAUAUUCAAGCCUGAAGUGUUCAAGUUGCCGGACACUGAUACAUCAGCGCAGUCAGUCAGUCAACAAGUGAAGACCGCUCAACAGCAGAGCUUCGUUGGCGCUCAAAGCCAAGUGUUUAAUCCUUACCCGCAAUAUACAUUCCAAGACGCUGCUUUACCAAGCAUUUUAGGUUCAUUUGGCUCAUUUGGAGUUCAGUCAGUCAAGGGACGUGAUCCAGUGUACUCUGGCACGAAGACCACCUUCGCCCCUCCGCAACAGACGAAACAAACUAUAUUCAACUCGUUCAGCUAUAACCCCAAUUACAAAGCAACGACCGCUCAAGUUGUCUCUACCACCCCGAGAUAUCAGACAACGGCAAAUCAAGCCUUCUUUGGAUCAACGUUUACAGAUUACAAAGUAACACCUGCACCCCACACAAAGUUCUCCACGGCCCCCAAAAUAGACCCUAAUGCUGGAGCAAAAGAAAAUUUCAAACCAAGCCCGCAAGAUCCGUUCACGAAACACUACCAAAACGAUUUUAAUAAACUAACAGUCACCACUUACAACCCGAUCCAAACGACAACAUUAGCUAAUAGCUAUUUCGAUUACAGCUUCCCAGCUCAACAAAAUAUUCAGCUACAAACUUAUUAUGAUGAUCAGAACGUUAAUUAUAACUAUGAGAAGAAGAAACAAAAGAUCCACGAUAAUGUUGCGUCUAGUGUAAAUCAACAAAACAAACAAUACACUACAGCUCCGAAGAAAACUCAAUCCGAUGAUACUCUUUCAGCUCCCUACAGACCGACUUAUGAAGUCGUAGAAACAACAGAGCCAGACGUCGCCUCUCGUCCGUCAACUGUUGCUUGGCCUUUAACAUCACAAUCGUAUAACUAUGCUAACCAACAAGCCACAGAGCAAAGUCUUAAGAAACAAGAAUAUGAGACGGCAUUUAGCAAACCAACCACCACACCCUUGCCUGAACUUCCAGAAGAAUACGCCAUAGUAACCGAGGCUGAAAAAGGCUAUGGAAACUCUUUGAGUUACGACAGCGAAAUCGAAUCUCAAAGUAGGCGGCCUCUUGGCGACGACUUCGAACCGAUCGGAAAACAUAAGCUCAAAGACUACUAUUAUAAAGUAUCUACACCUGCUUAUAAUGACUUCAACGCGAGAAGAACGAAGAAGCCCAGUGAGUCUAGUAGGUUAACAGCAGCAGUAGAAACGUCGACACACUCCAUCAAAGACCUAAAUGAUAUACCAAUUGAAACCUUACCGACACUUCCCCCUAAUCUACAUUUCAAACGACCAGGUGGAACAUCGGACCCCGUCGAUAAGGACAAAAUCCGCAAAAGAAACAAAAUAAGGAGACGUCGCCCAAUUAACGGAAAUGUAAACCGUAAUAAUGAUAAAAUCGUCACAGAAACUAGUACUCAUUCCAGUACUGUGCAAACUACAGAAUCUACUCAAACUACAGAAAACCAGGAGAUCCAUACAAUCAGACCAAGAGUCAGGCCAACUAAGCCUUACCAGUCUAACCCUACUACUCCAAGCGUAACUACAGAUUUGACAACUAGCGCUUUGCCAACAGUUUUUCCGACUUCACCCACUAUAGUCAAAAAGAAACUCAUCCACCGUCGUCUACCAACUACAACCGAAAGGGUAGAAACUACAACAAAUUACUUCAAAGACGAUACAAAUAAAGAUUCACCAAUCAUGAAAAUAUCAAACCGUCCGUACUUAUCUAAACCAGCUGCAACGGCCUAUGAAUUUAGGACAAGCGAUACGCCAGAUUACACCCAUAAGCAAGAUGAAAAAGACACUCCUACCAGCGACGUCGAUGUAAGCCUUACUGACACCUACAAAACAUCUGUUGAAAAUGCUCAAGAAUUCUCAUUCCACAAAGAUGUAAAACCUAUUGAAGCUAAAUUAGAGCCCGUGACCAGUCAGCGAUAUAGAGAAACAACUACAGAGCCAACAAGUGACACUUUUACGAACACUGAAAUAACUACAACUCCACGAAUUGAAACUAGUUCAAAUGUAGUGAAAGGAAAUAGAACACGUCUAAGGAACAAAUAUAACAGACCAAGAUUUAGUGUGAAAGACUACAGAAACAGAAUAGGUUCAACUACAAGUACUGACAACCCUCCAGAAAAUACACCCAAAGUAAGAUUCCCUCAGCGGAGAGUUCCUUUUAGUGAAAACGGCGACAGUGAGACUACUACUGAAAGGAAAAGAUUUACACCUAAGGAUCCUAGACACAAGGUUAACGACACAGACAAUAACGAAGAAAAGGAAAAAGAGAUACAUUCCAUUAGAAACAGACAGAGACAGACAAUUGAUAACGGAGACGGCAGCACUCAGAAAAUAUCAUCUCGAAUACGUAAUGGACCACGAAGACCAAGGCCAACUGAAGAAACGACUGAACUGCCAACUACAGUACACAGCAAGAGGCCCCUCCGCAAAAAAAUCAAAGACUCUGAAGUAGGAGAAUCGGUACAAGACAUAUCUGUGACAGAAACAACUGUAUAUGACGUCAAAAAUGAUAUAACAUCAGAGAGAAGUAAAUCAGAGAGUGCUAUAAUGAAAAUAGCUGAUAAAAAGCAUCAUGACCAUAUUGAGCAUUUGUUUGAGCAUUCAAAACGAGUGUCAGAUCUUACAUUAGCUGCGAGUAAAGAUUAUAAUAAACCAGGGAUGUUUAAAACGGUAGCAUCUAGUAGCAGAAGGAUACCAAAUUACUUCACGAUAGCAACAGACGACCCUAUAUUACCGAUAGAAGCCUUCUUCCCUCAACUCAAUCAGAAGAAAGAUGUAUAAAUUAAUUGUAUACCAAAUCACUGUUUCACUGCCAAAGCUAUGAUUCUUAUAAAUUGGGCUAUUAUUUUGUAGGUAUAGCAUAGGAGUUAGGUUGUAUUCGCGAACUUUGACAACAAAUCUAUAUAGUUAAGUUUAUUACUAAGACUCUAAGUAUUAUUUAAGUCUAUGGUUGCUUUAAAAGUAUAAGUUUAGAAAGCCGUAGCAAAGCACUAUAAUUAACUUCAUAAUUGGAUUUUAUGAUAACAUUUUAAGUAUCUUUUGUUUCCCUUUACUAUAAUCAGGCUUAGUUUUAUGAAAAGCCAUAAGCCCGGCGUACCGCAAUUUAAAAAAAUAAAACAUCGAAUAACUAAGAAACAUUUAUGCAAAGUGUUACCUAGAAAUCGGAUCUAGAACCUCAUUUAUAGAUAAUAAACACUGCAACUAAUGUAAGAGGCGACACGGAAAAGUAUUGGAUUUAUAGAUUUAUUAAUAAGUAUCAUUUUAGACCUACUGUUGUCAUACACCUAAUAAUCAAAUAGUUCGCUAAUAUAACCCUACCAAUUUAAGGUGACUAUGACUGGCUAAUAAAUAUUUCCCCUUUGGUGCUCAUUUAGUCUGUAAGGUAUAAUAACCCAUGUGUGGAAAGAUUAUGUUACGCGAUGACAAUUUAUCUCGUAUAUGACUUGAGUGUAUGUAAUUGUAUAACAGUUGUGUGAGCGAAAACUAUUUAUGUGUUAGUUUUAAUUGUGUAAAUAAAUUAUUCUUAAC